AUGAGGGAGGAAAGACAAGAAAGGAGGGCACAACAACAAAGGGAAGUACGACCGUUUCAAGAAGAUGAAGGUAUGUUUGACUUAAAUGCACAUGAAAGACAGCUUGGAGGUAGAGGAAAUGUGAGAGGGAGAGGAAGAAAUAACCUCGCCAACGUAAUGCAACCUAGAAGGAUGGAAAGAGUGCAUGAAGAUAGAGAUGGAGGAGUUAAACUCAAGAUUCCAGCUUUUACUGGAACGGCGGAUUCAGAGACAUAUUUGCAAUGGGAAAGGAAGAUAGAACAUGUGUUUGAUUGCAACACAUUUAGUGAGAAUAAGAAGAUGAAACUUGCCAUUGCCGAAUUCACCAAUUAUGCAUCUGAAUGGCAUCAUUAUCUCAAGUCCGAGAAAAGGAGGAAAGAGGAGGAUCCAAUAGAAACUUGGGAAGAACUCAAAGAAGCCAUGAGGAAAAGGUUUGUCCCAAAACAUUAUGAAAGAGAUUUGAAAACUAAAUUACAAUCUUUGAGGCAAGGUACAAAAAGUGUUGCUGAAUAUUAUCGAGAGAUGGAGACUUUGAUUGGAAGAGCAAGAAUCCAAGAAGAUGAGGAAGACACCAUGUCUAGGUUCCUUGGAGGGUUGAAUCAAGAAAUUGCUCAUCUUGUUGAUAGAAAUCCACCAUAUAAUAUGGAAGAUAUGUAUCAUUAUGCUAUCAAAAUUGAAGCUCAAUUGAAGGAAGAAAAGGAGCGUUCAAAAAGGUAUGUGUCUAAAACUCACACCUUUUCAAGUUCUAAUACAUGGAACAAGGAUGGUUUUGUGAAUAGGAAUGAAUCAAUGCAAUCAAGGGGGAAAUUUGUGGCUGCCCAAAAAGUGGAGACCGAGAGCUCUAAUACUAAGAAGGUUGAAGCUUCAAAGGAGGUAAGGGAGAAGACUAGUUCUAUUCAAUGUUGGAAGUGCAAAGGGUUUGGACACAUGAGUAAAGAUUGUAUCAAUAAAAGAGUCAUGGUGGUGAGAAAUGGCGUGAUUGAUUCGGAAGAUGAAUGUGAGGAAAAUGAUGCACAACUUGAGGAAGAAUAUGAAACACCCGUUGAUGACGAGUAUAUUGAAGAAGGUAGUUCCAUAUCUCUGAUUACAAGGCGGGUACUUAAUGUGAAAAUCAAGGAAGAGAAAAUUGAAGAUCAAAGGGAAAACUUGUUUCACACAAGAUGUUUGAUUAAAGGAAGCCCAUGUAGCUUGGUGAUUGAUAAUGGAAGUUGCACAAAUGUGGAAUUUAAUGACAUGUUUCCACAUGAAGAUGCACCUACGGGUUUACCUCCUCUAAGAGGGAUUGAGCAUCAAAUUGACUUCAUUCCGGGUGCAACUCUUCCAAACAUGGCUGCCUAUAGAACCAAUCCAACCGAGACUAAGGAGAUCCAAAGACAAGUUGAAGAACUCGUGGAUAAAGGGUAUAUUAGAGAAAGUAUGAGUCCUUGCUCAGUUCCGGUGAUUUUGGUACCCAAGAAAGAUGGUACAUGGAGAAUGUGUGUUGAUUGCCGAGCUAUCAACAAAAUAACGGUAAAGUAUCGACAUCCUAUUCCUCGAUUAGAUGACAUGUUAGAUCAAUUGCAUGGUGCUAAUCUGUUUUCAAAAAUAGACCUUAAAAGCGGUUAUCAUCAAAUUCCUAUGCAUGUAGGAGAUGAAUGGAAAACGACUUUCAAAACAAAGUUUGGGCUUUCAAACCAAGGCCUUUAUUGUCCAUUAACUAUCUUCACUAAUAUUUGGGAAGACCUUUCUAUGGACUUGUUCUUGGCUUACCCUGAACCCAACGUGGUUAUGAUUCUAUUUUGGUAG